GUGGAUGACUUUCUGAUCGCGUCUCGGGACAAGAAGAGCCAAGAGGAGCUACGACUGAGUCUCCAAAGCAGAUUUCACUUCGGCAAGUGGGACCACGAUGCGGCCGAGUUCAUUGGCCGGAAGAUUCAGAAGGAGGACAAUAAGGAGAUCAAGCUGUUCCAGGAGAAGUACAUCUUGGAGAAGUUGGAAGCGAGGGAACAAAGAGAGCCUGCUGAAUGCAGCUGGCACAGUUUCGAUAUUGUCCAGCGGUCCAGCAGGCUGCACAAUGCCACCGUCAACGAUGGCAUCCACUUGAACAAGAUGAAUGGGCACCUGAGGAGUACCGCAAGCCAGGGCUUGAGGAUCCGUGCCUUCGACUCCAAGGAGAUGACCUUCAUUGGAAUCAGCGGCGCUGGGGGCGUUGAUGGAGAAGUGAGAGGAGCUGGAGUGGAAGGUCUUCCAGAAGAUCCAGUUCAAGGAGCGUGGAUGGUGGUGACCUCCAACCUGCUGCCCUCCCACGACAAGAAGAUCCCCGUGAGCGUGCUGUCCUGGAGGUCCUCUAAAUUGAAGAGGAGAGUUACCAGCACCAUGGCCAGUGCGACGAUGGCACUGUCUCAAUGCCUGGGAGAGCUGGAGUGGCAUCAGAUCUUCUACAGAGACCUGGUUCGAGGAGAUGUUCGAACCAGCAACUGGAGGGCGAGUGUGAGCCCUUUCAUGGUGGUGCUGCCCGAGGAGUGCGAGCUGAUCAGUCGCCAAGAGCAGUGCAGCAUCACGGAUGCCAAGUCCCUCUACGACGCCAUCUACAAGCAGUGCCCAGCAUCCAGGCAAGACCGCCGCACAGCGCUGGAGCUGGCAGUGAUAGUGGAUGUGAUGCAGAAGACGGGGUCGCACAUCCGAUGGAUCGACAAGGAGGAGAACGAAUUGCUGAAGAGGCAGCGGGACGCGAAUGCCAGAUCUCGCUCCCGCUCUUCCAGCAACAGGCCUCUGAAGAGCGAGGAAGAAGUAGAAGA